UUUAAUGUCAACACUAGUAGCUUUAAAAAUUUGAAAAGUUCUAGAACAAAUUUCUAUAGUUGAAAUGUUAAAAGUAUAUAUAUUAACCAUUAUUGUAUUUGUCCUUUGCACCAUUACAAUCGGAAGACAGGUGUCUGAACUCAACUCAAGAUGUAUCGACUGUAGUUUUAUUUCCGCAUUGAAUGCCAACCUAUCCUGCAAUAUAAGUACGACUGGACAUGAUUGUGUGACAAACAUUUUUUCAAAAGAUGGGUUCGAAAGUAAUGUUAAGGACCUGUACGAGGGUUCAAUUUCUGAGUACAAUUCUCCCUUUGAAACCUGUGUACCAGACGACAUGGACUUAAAAACUGGGGAUGGGGACUUUGGAUGCUGCGUUUGGUCUCCCCAAACUGGUUGCAAUUUUGUACGUGCGAGAGGGGUUCCUGAGACGUGGUCUUUCCUUGGAUGCAUGGCCUGCAUUUCGCCUGAAAGGACGAAAGACAUGAUCUUGCCCAGCCACUGUCCUUGCAACGAGUCGAAUGGUGGUUCCACAAGAAAUCCAGAGCGUGGUAAACGGCUAAUGUACUCCAUAAUUAUAUAUUUUGCUCUUGGGGUGAAGUAUCUUCGAUACUAUUCAAACUAAAGCUUGUAUAUCAACGAUCACUCCUUCAUAUAUAAUUUUUAGUUUGAAAGAUACUUUACCACAAGUGUAAAUAAUCUGAUUAUCUGCUAUUUUAAAGCAAUGUUUAAUUGCUGAGAGAUAUUUUCCGCGUUCGUGCCGAAAUACCAAAUUUGUAGUAAAAUGAGAAAUAUUUAUUUGUUUGCUUCUCCUAUAAAUGUGCACACUAAUUGAAUAAAGUGUAAUUGUUUUUGCA